AUGAAUGCUGAUUAUCGCAAGACAAUGGAAGACACGAUUCGUAUUGUUGAUGGGUAUUUACAGAACCCACAGAACGGCUACUUUGCUAUCCACGACGGACACGGAGGUCGUUCCGUUGCAACGUAUUUACAGCGAGUGCUGCAUGAGAAUAUCGCAAUCGAAUUGCAAUUGGCAGACGACGACAGUAGUGUCAAGCAGCGUAUUGAACGCGGCUACUUAAUGUCAGACAUGGAGUGCUGUCAGAGAUCGGUGGGCUCAACGGCAGUGACAGCACUGCUUUUGGAGGAAAAUGGCAUCAAGACCCUCUAUGUUGCCAAUGUUGGUGAUAGUCGUGCAGUGCUGAGCCACAAAGGGAAAGCAAUUCGGCUAUCAAAGCGAAUCAUUGAACAAGGCGGUUUUGUCAUUCAACAUCGAGUGUCUGGGUUGCUGGCAGUCUCCCGGAGCUUUGGAGACUGGGAUCUUAAACAGUUUGUCGUCGCACGACCGCACACCAGUGCAACCUGGCUAGAACCUGCGACCGACUAUUCGUUCUUCGUACUUGGAUGUGACGGUGUCUGGGAUGUUCUUAGUGACCAAGAAGUUGUGGACAUGGUCGAAUCCUUACCUUUCGAUCAGCAUGAUCAAGCUGCGCAAAUGAUUGUCCGAGCGGCUCUAUCAAGAGUGGCAAUUGCAGGUCUUUUAGUACUUGUGGGGAUUGCGUGCUCUACUAUUGCAUUAAUAGGGAGCUACAGUGCAGAUGAGUAUUUGUUUCUUGGAGCAAUUGCCUCUGGAUCAUUUACGUUGGUAAUUAUUGUGGCAUUUCUCAUGAGUCCUGCCGUAAGAACACAUCCAAACCCACUGAUUUUUAGUAAAAGUCUAGUGGAUCUCUUAUUAGCCAUGAUAUAUGUCGCUGAGUACUGCGUGACGGAAUAUUCAGAUUCAGUCGCGCUGCCAUUUCGUAUCGCUGCAAUUACACAGGCGCUACUGAUUGCAGGCGAGUUUUGGUUCUUUGCUAUACCCAUUGACAUGGUGCAGUCCAUUACGAAUCCUUUUACGUCGUACUCACACAAUUUUAAGGUCUAUUGGUUCUACUCGGUGCUGAGUGGUAGUGUGUGUGGAUUUGUACUCUGGUUUCUUGGUGAAGAGAAAAGCGCAUGCGUUACGACAGGUGAUACCAACCCAGACUGCGUGACAGUUGUCAAUGGCAAUGAGCAGCGAUAUAUCUGGUUUCACCACAAUAUAGACAUGCCAGGCUUUUUCUGGCAUCAAUGGAUCUUGUAUCAUGGGUGUGUCGUCGUGUAUUUGCUUUUCGGUCUUGCGUGCAUGGUGUAUGUUCGAAGCCGAUUACGUCGUGGACUAGAAGAAACGUUUGAAGUGCGACGCCGGGUGCUGUCUAACGGAAUGCUUACAUGCGCAGUAUUCAUCUCGUGGUCUUUUCUGAUGAUUAGUCUCUUUGCGAUGACUAAUACCGCGACAGUAAAGUUGGUGCUGGGAAAGGUUGUCUUUCAAGAGCUUAUCGACCUGAGUGCUUUUAUGCAUGCAUCCCGUGGGUGUGUGAACAUCAUCGUCUGGAUUGUAGUCAAUGCACCGUAUUUCCCCACGAUGUAUCCCAAUGGUCCUGCAGAUUUGACGUUGCAGUCGCUAUUGGAGAAUGAAUCGGUGACCCAAUGGUCUUCUACUCCUACUUAUGAUAGCUCAGAGUGUACUGCAACAUGUAAUAAGCCUGAUGAUUCACACAAGCAUGAAGAGAAACUAAUGAAUCCGCAGCUCAAUGUGGCGUUGCGAAAGCAGAUGAUAUACAUGGCGACAAAUGGCAUUAUCGAGUCGAUUCAGCAUCACCACCGGAAGCGGCGAGGAAAUGGCAACAACCACACAUUCCAACUGGACUGGCAACGAUCUCCUCAACGAAGAAUGAGACACUUAGUGUUGUCCGCAUCACUCAGCGAAAGUGUGGGAUCGAUGACGAUGCCUCCGCGGUCAACAUCAAUGUUGCGUGAAAAGAGAAACUCAACAGUGCGAGUUGUCGAGGAACCGCGUGAUAAUCCAAGCAAUAUGCGCUUCACGUUCAUGCCCAUGGCUUUGACGGAAAUGCAGUUCUACGAUUUCCAGCCGCGCGUGUUCGCAUCCAUUCGCCAACUGUAUGGUGUCAAUGAUGCCGAAUACAUCUUUGCGUUUCGCUCCACGAUCAAUGAACGAAUUAGCGAAGGCCGAAGCGGUGCUUUCGUUUUCAAUACAUGCGAUCGCAAGUAUUUGGUCAAGAGCACUACGUCGAAGGAAAAAGAUGUGCUGCUUCGAUUGCUGCCGACGUACUUGCAUUAUCUUAAGUGGAACCCUGGAACGCUCUUGCCUCGUUUCUUCGGUUUUCACGCUAUGAAGAUGUAUGGUCAGAUUUUCUAUUUCAUCGUGAUGGGAAAUUUCUUAAGCACAACUGAAGUGAUCCAUCGCAGAUACGAUAUCAAGGGAUCGUGGGUAGAUCGUAAUGCCCCUGCGUGCGUUUUGGGCGAGAAGUAUCGUUGUUCAAAGUGCAACCGUUUUUUUACAUUUGGAGGUGCUCCUGGAGAGCCAUGCUUUAUGCCAGGCGAAGAGCACUAUCCUGACAUCACCCUGCGGGACAACGAUUUGAAAAAACGGCUGAAGCUGGAGCCAGGGGCAGCGGCAAAACUUGUGCUGCAACUUACUCGAGAUAGCAACUACCUCGCCAGCGCCGGCAUCAUGGACUACAGUCUUCUUAUUGGCACGCACUACUCGUAUUUUACCAUCACAACGGAAUACAAGCGAGGACUUUCGCGUCGAAAGUCAGUGGAACUCACUGUACACUGCGAUGACGACACUCAUGAUGUCGACGUUCUUCCUAAUCCUUACGAGAAUCGCCGUCUGAGGAUGAUGCAAUAUCCGAAGGCGCAAGACCCUGAGCAAGUAGUGUAUCCCGAUAGUCACGCAUACAAUGCACAUCAGGUUUCAGGCCCAAGCAAGUAUUAUUUUGGUCUCGUGGACAUCUUGCAGGAGUGGACAGUGGCAAAGCAGCUUGAGCGUGCUUACAAGGUACGCGUGCUGCGUAAGUCACAAAGUGGUGUUUCUGCAAUCCCACCAAAACCGUAUGCUCGACGUUUCCAGCGUAAAAUGAAGCAGUUAUUCAUCACGAUGCCGUUGCAAUCGCUUGAUGUAUUUGAAGAAGAUGAUGACGUGGCCGUCAUACUACUACUAGCUCCUAUCACCUCUGCGCUGGUGAUUGAGAGCCCGGAAUGUCGAUUUUUGACACAUGUAUCAAGUGAGUUUACGAACGUUUCGCUGCUGGAAUCCGGUGAAUUACAGAAUUAUGAAAUUGUACCAGUAUCACCUUUUACAGCCUGUGAGCCUUUACGCGGCCAGAAUUUGACAGGAAAAGUAGCACUUGUGCUACGUGGAGACUGUAACUUUGUGCAAAAAGUGUGGCAUGCUCAACGCGCCCAUGCAGUUGCUGUCGUAGUGAUGGAUAAUGAGUUACGACACGAACCACCGUAUCAUAUUAUCAUGAUGAAGAAUGACAUGGCCUACAAUGUUCGUAUUCCGUCGGUCUUCAUUUCCUACGCGUCUGGUGAAUGGCUGCUGGAUGCCAUGAGUCAUACGGUCCCGUGGGACCCACUGCGGAUUACAAUUGAUACAAACGGAGAACUACCGCAAGUGUCGACGUCGAAUCGCUUGUUGAAACGUGUGAUCGCCUACAUUUUCCUCAUUUCCAUUGUCUGCGCGUUCUCGAGUGGAUUGAGUUUACUUUCGUCAGCAAUUUUUCAGUGGAUAGGGAAGACUCGGCGAACGCAUGUGGCGAAGCAGCUACCGAUUGCCAAGUAUGAGCGCAACAUGCAACGCACUCUGCUGGAACACCUGCUGGUAGACCGAUUUGUGCUGGACCGUAUUCCUUUUGCUGCGAUUGAGAAUGUUACACAUCGUGGUGACCACUCACACACGGAGAACGAACCUGAUUUGAGCUCUGUGAGUCCGCGCGAGACAGGAAGCGGUGUCUCCAAUGAUGACGAUCUUCACGCGGACAAGGCAGAAGAGCUGACGGAUUUGCAUAAGGUCAAGUCAAUGACAGACGAAACCACCUACUGGAGCUCAGCUGAUUCGGAUGCAGAAACUUGUCCAAUUUGUUUGGACGACUUUGAGGACGGGGCAGAUGUUAAAGUUUUGCCGUGUCAGCACUUUUUCCAUGUGAACUGCAUCAACCCGUGGCUUGAGGGUCGAAGUGGGCGCUGUCCACUUUGCAAACAAGACGCUAUUGCCAUGAUAACAGGUGCAUCCAAGAAGAUUUUUGGUCUUGCGCUGCCAAGAGUUGAUCAAAUUCUACAGCAGGAACAUUGGGUUCAUACGUUCUUUCUCAUGUUGCCUGCCAGCUUCAUUAGCUGCCUACUUGUCAAUGCUUCUGCAUCUAUCAUCGGCACCAUGUGGCCGUAA